UGAGCGCCGGUCGUCUGCCCCGCUCGGUAAUCGCUGCCGUUUGGCGCGGCUCCCGUUAUUGCUCGCGGCGCCGGAAACGUGGACGUCAUGUUCGGGAUCAUCAGGCGGAGGCUGUUCGCCGGCAAGGGUCUGGACUCGGGCACGGCGUGCGGGUCUGGCGGGCGUCCCGGCUCGGCCAGCUCGGUGGAGAAGUACAGCCAUGCGCCACGCACCGAUUCCUACCGGCUCUCCAUGGCCGUCCUCGAAGACUCGAAGGACGUCGAGCUGGACGCUAUUCUAGGGGAGCUGUGUGCGUUGGAGACGCAGUUCGACAAGGAGAUCAAGGACAAGCCGACCGCGCCCGGCUCCAGGAAGACAGAAGCGUGCGGCACGGAUAGUUUGGCGCCUUUGCACCCGGUCCCUGCACGGAAGCCCGCCACCAUGGGCGGAGGCGCUCGGCCCAAGUUCGAGGUCAACUACGCGUCGGACGUCGAGUGGACGCAGCGGUCUGAGAAAGGGCCGCGCACCGAGAGUCCCGACAACGACUCGGCCUUCUCCGACAACCUGUCGAUGCUGUCCAGCGAGUCGUCGGCCUCGUCGGGCGGCAGCGGCGGCAGCGGCGCGCGCACCGAGGUCUCCAAGUCGUCGAGCGGCGUCGGCUCGGCCGCCAGCCCCACCUCCCAGGCGGACCAGGCGGCGCGCAUUAAGGCCGAGAAGAUCAAGCUGGCGCUGGAGAAGAUCAGAGAGGCCAACGUGAAGAAGCUGUUCAUCAAGGCGUUCACGGGCGACGGCAGCACUAAGAGCCUGCUGGUCGACGAGAAGAUGACGUGCGGUCACGUGACCCGCCUGCUGGCCGACAAGAACCACGUGCGCAUGGAGCCGCGUUGGGCUGUCGUCGAGUACCUGCCCGACCUGCUGAUGGAACGACUGUACGAGGACCACGAAAACCUGGUGGACAACCUGAUGCUGUGGACGCGCGACUCCAAGAAUCAGCUGCGCUUCCAGGAGCGGCCCGACAAAUACGACCUGUUCGCCCGUCCCGAGCAGUACCUGCUGCCCUCCAGCGGCGCGCAGCACGCCCACAUGGACGACGAUGCGCGCCUCCAACUCACCGAGGAGUUCUUCUCGGCGUCCGGCUCGGUCGUGCCCGAGGUGGAGAGCGAGCUCUGGCUCAAGGCCGAGGGCAAAAAGGCCUGGAAGCGGCACCACUUCGUCCUGCGCGGCUCCGGCAUCUACUACUCUCCCAAGGGCAAAGUCAAGAGCUCCAAGGACCUCGUCUGCCUGGCCAAGUUCGACAUCAACCAGGUGAGUUGUGGGCCUGCGUGGUACUACGGCAUCGGCUGGAAGAAGAAGAAGUACAAGGCGCCCUCCGACUACUGCUUCGCCGUGAAGCACCCGCAGAUCCAGGUGAAGGCGCCCAAGCACAUCCGCUACCUGUGCGCCGACGACGCGCGCACCCUGCACCAAUGGAUGAUGGGCAUCCGGGUGGCCAAGCACGGCCGCCAGCUGCAGGAAAACUACCGGCAGCUGAUGGACGACCUGGCGCAGGAUGACAUCGACCGGCUGGCGCACGCGCGCAGCUUCAGCGUGGCGUCGGUGGCGCCCUCGGCCGGCACGCCGAGUCGCGAAGAGGGCGCCACCAUCGAGGCCAGCCUGGCCGCGCUCGCCGAGCAGGCCGAGCGGCUCAGCGAAGGCUCGAGCCUGGGCUCGGCGCGCUUCUCCGAUGCGACGUCAGGAUACGACCACCCCGCAGGGCACAUCAAGCGCAAGCCGUCGAUGGCGCCCAAGCUGCCGCUGACGUCCACCACGCGGCUGCUGGUGAAGGCGGACGAGACGGCCGACACCGUCGACUCGAAGCCGACGACGCCGACGCGGCAGCCUGGCCGGCGCGCCACCGGCGACGGCGAGUCGCUGAACGGCACACUGACGCGCCGCCGGGAGCGGCAGGCGACUGACACCCUGCGCAGCACGGGCAGCGCCGGCGACAGCGACUCAGAGAGCCUGCCGCCGCCGCCGGACAUGAGCGGCAGCAUGCUGAGUCUGGCCUCGCUGCCGCCGCCGCCUGAGGAGCUGAUGACCGGGUCGGUGAGCUCGCUGCCGCCGCCGCCGAGCCCCCGCGAGCUGCGACCGCUGCCGCCGCCGAUGCCCAACAUCGAGCCCAUCUACAGCAGCGGCGGCCAGAAGCGCGUCAAGAAAAUCUCCUUUGCUGACGCCGCGGUGGUGGUGGAGGCGCCGCCGCAGCCGGUGUACGCGCGCGGCCGUCCGCCGCCGCCGCCGCCCAAGCGCAGCGAGACGACCCGCCUCUCGGCCGGCCCGCCGGCGGCGCCGCCCAACCGGCUGGACUCGCCGCAGUGCAACGUCACGCCGCCGCGCGACUUCCUGCGCGACCUGCAGCGCGUCAUGCACAAAAAGUGGACGGUGGCCGAGAAGUGCAAGGUGGACCUGAAGUCCCCGCACGAAGUGCUCGGCUUCCCGCGACCCGUUCGCCAGCAUGGACGCCAACAAGGAACAGCACGUGGGCCAGUGGCUGGCGCCAGCAUUACGGCGGCCCAGACGAGCAGGCGCCGCCGGCCGCCCAGCCGCUCUAUGGACUCUCCGCGCUCGGUGCUGAAGAAGCGGCCGCCACCGCCGCCGCCGCCACGGCGCAACGACGCCACGCAAUUGAGUGGCGGCGCGGCUUUGGUACCACUGCGCUCGGCCGACUCCUGCAUGGAGGCGGCCUGGGGCCGCGGCCACCUGGGGUCCAGCGCGAUGGCAGCCUUCAGCCUGCGCGAGGCUGUCGGCGGCAGCUGCGUCUGCUGCGGCCUCUGUCACCAGAACGCGAGCUGCGCCAGUCUCGGCUUCCACCCCUGGUCCGGAGAGUGUCGGCUGUACAGCGGGGUCGCCAGCUACGGCACGCUGACGCCGGACGACGGCUGGGAGUACUUCGUCAUGCCAGGUCGCUCUCUGCACGAGCAGUUCUGCCGCAGCGACUCGGACUGCCAGAAGACCGGCGACGCCUACUCUCCCCUUGGCGCUUUGGCUCGCGAGGACAACAAACUUCUGCACAUGGUCUCGAUCGAAGUCUACAUCCGCGAGUAG